GACGAUAGGAUGUCGGACAACUCGGACGACGAGACGAACGGCGAGUAUGUCUCAACUCACUGGCAACCGUAUUCCGAGAGGCUCGAGUGGCGAGACGUCCGGCCGAUCGAGCAAAAUGACGGGCCCAACCCCAUCGUCUCCAUAGCUUAUUCGCCCAAGUUCGUUGAGGUGCACAAUUAUUUUAGAGCUAUCCUUGAUUCCAAGGAAAAGUCGGAAAGAGCCUUGGAUUUGACUGCGGAAUGUAUUAUGUUGAACGCAGCGAAUUACACAGUGUGGCAGUAUAGAAGAGACAUUCUAAAGGCACUUGGAGUGGAUCUCAAAGAUGAAUUAAAGUUUAUUGAAUUAAUGACUAAUAUUAAUAUGAAAAACUAUCAAGUCUGGCAUCACAGAAAAGUCAUUGUCGAGUGGAUGCAAGAUCCAAGCUCAGAGCUCAAGUUUACGAGUACUGUUUUGCUAAAAGAUGCCAAAAACUAUCAUGCCUGGCAGCACAGGCAGUGGGUCAUGACAACAUUCGAUUUGUUUGAAAAUGAACUGGAGUAUGUUGAUGAGUUGCUGACUAAAGAUAUCCGUAACAAUUCUGCCUGGAAUCAAAGGUACUUUGUUCUAAAUAACACCACCCAAUUUGAAGAAGAAGUUAUUGAUCGUGAAGUCGAUUUUACAAUCGAGAAAAUUUUAGACGUACCUGACAACGAAAGUGCUUGGAAUUAUUUAAGAGGAAUCUUGGAUCGUGAUCAAAAUGGAGGCUUACCUUACAACAACGAAGUACUGAAAAUGUGUAAAGAUAUGUACAAUGACGGUUAUAGAAUAAAUCAUUUACUGGCUUGCAUUAUUGAUAUUUGUGAAGAGAGGCAUUCCAGUGACGAAUCAAAAGAAUCCCUAUUUCAUAUUGAUACAGCAUUUAAACUGUGUACAGAUUUGGCCAAACAGUAUGACAAAAUCAGAAAAAAUUAUUGGGAGUUUAGGAGUCAGCAACUGUUGGAAAAGUUUAACUCAGUAUAAUUGUAAAAUAUUAACACAAGACUGCAGCAGAUAAGAUGUUCAGGGUAUCCAAAUGGUUGGCCCCUGAUAAACUAUACAAUUCUCUGAACUUGGAUGAUAAAAAGUACGACUUAACGUAGCCUAUGAAUUGAUAAACAUUUAUAUUACUGUUACAAUUUUUAAUACAAGCAAUCAUAAUCAAAGAGUGGUAUGAAUGAUCUUAUAAAUAGAUUUUAUAGAUUAAAAAGAUGUAUAUAUAAUUGAAAGUAUACUUGGUGCGUUUUAGACACGACUGCUCCUCAGGGAUGGCUUAUACUUUUACCAGGGCAAAAAGCUUAACCACAAAUAAGUAAUGUAUUAUUGGGAGAGGAUAAGAAAGAAAAAUUUUUUUAUCAGGGGCUUAGGGUCAGUUUAAACCAUUUGCCAAUCAUGUACCAACUUUUUAUGCAAUGAUGAAAUUAAAAUUUUUGCUUUGGUGAUAAUGUAUUAGUCGUGCCUUACAUACGAAAGCACAGGUUUUUCGUUUUGUAAAGCAACUUGUUAUAAAUGUUGAAUAGAUAACUGGGAUUUUAAAAUAUUCCAAGUAUUAAAAUUUACAAUUUUAUUAAAACUGAGGCCUACUCGACUUGCAAUGAUGAAAUAAGACACCAAUUUUGAUAAUGCAAAAGCAUUAUUCAUUCAGCAUAGCCGUUGCCACAAGAUUUUAUAAAUCAAU